AGCCAAUAACAAGAAUUCCUUGAGGAUUGCACUGACCUCCCUGAGGGAGUGACUGAGCUGAAUGUGUUCUGCGGCGCAGGGAAACUGAAACUGAAAAUAGUUUGAAUCAGGAAGUGAUGAGGGUGGACAUGGAUUUCAAACAGCAUUUCCAGAGUUUGACCGAGGAGGUAAUCUGUCCCAUUUGUCAGGAUUUCUUCACCGAUCCGGUUAUACUGGAGUGUGAACACAACUUCUGUCGCUCCUGUAUCACCCAGAGCUGGGAAAAGCAGGAGAGAAUCUCCUGCCCGGAAUGUAGAGAGGAGUUUCCGGACAGAAACCUCAGAGGAAAUCGGGCCUUAGCGAAUCUAUCUGAGAAAGUUCGGAAGUUAAAUCUGAAUCCGCAGGAGAAGGGAAGUAAACGUCACUGUGAGGAACAUCAGGAAGAAUUGAAGGUUUUUUGUGAAACUGACGAGAAAUUUAUUUGUGUGAAUUGUGUAGUUUCCCGGGAACACAGGGAGCACCGCUUCAUCCCGAUUGAAGAAGCGGUUGGAAUCUACAAGGAUCGGGUGAAAUCUUCCUUGGAAUCUCUCACAGGGAAGAAAUCGGCGGCUCUCGAAAUGGAGCGGCAGCAGAAACAGAAGAUUUCCCAAAUUCGGGUUCAAUCCCAAAAUCUGCAGACUCACAUCAAAUCCGAGUUCACCAAAAUGCACCAGUUUCUCACUGAGAAAGAGCAGCGUUUACUCCGAGAUCUCAGGGAACAAGAGGAAAACAUUCUCAGAACAAUGCAGCAAAAUCUUGGCAAAAUUCAAAAGAAUUUAAAUUCUUUUCAGGAGAAACUCUCAAAGUUGGAAAAACAGUUGGAACAAAAAGACGGAGUGAUAUUUCUCCAGGUGAGGGAUUAUAUUUAAUUUUAGUUCAUGGAAAGUAAACUCAGAAUGUGAUCCUCAUAAACUUGCUCCCAUCCUCCCUCAUUCCUCCAAUAUCCCUUUCUGCUCCUCUUUCCCUCAUGUGUUUGUCUACUCUCCCGCUUCAUACAUUUUCCUCAAUCUCGUUGAUGAUGGUGGCUUUCACUAUUGAAAUUCUCAUCACUAUUAAAAGGCUAAAUUAAAAAGCAGUCGACAAUUCACAGCUCCACCCAAGAUGCAAG